UCUAGAACGUGAAUUUCACUCUUUAGUAAUUUCGAUCGAUUUUAUUUUUAUAAAUAAAUAAUAAAUCUUCAAAUUCUGUUUAUUUUUCAUAUAAAAAGGAAACGAGAAACGAUUGACCAGUUACGAAAUUAGUUGUUCGUCGUCUUCGUCUUCGUCUUCAUCAGAGGAUUCAAAUUGAAGUUUUUUUUGCAAGAAAAUUGGAAGCCACCAGAUCCAUGAUGGCAACGGUCUGGUUAAAAUCAGGGUUCAUAAUUUCAUUUUUCAUAUUAGUCAGUUUCUUUCCAAUUCAAUCAGAAUCAGCAGUCUCAAGUAUAGAUCUAGGUUCAGAAUGGAUGAAAGUAGCAGUAGUAAAUCUAAAACCAGGUCAUAUUCCAAUCUCAAUAGCUAUAAACGAAAUGUCAAAAAGGAAAUCACCGGCAUUAGUCGCAUUCGCCAAUGGUGAUCGAUUAAUAGGUGAAGAAGCUUCAGGGAUUAUAGCUAGAUAUCCUGAUAAAGUUUAUUCACAAGUUCGUGAUAUGAUUGGUAAACCUUUUAGUUAUGUUAAAAAUUUAGUUGAUUCGUUAUAUUUGCCAUUUGAUGUAGUUGACGAUUCAAGAGGAAGUGUUGGAAUUAAAACUGAUGAUGGUACGGUUUAUUCUCCUGAGGAAUUUGUAGCUAUGAUUCUUAGUUAUGGUAUGAGUUUAUCUGAAUUACAGACCAAAUUGAAGGUUAAAGAUGUUGUGAUUAGUGUUCCUCCAUUUUUUGGUCAAGCUGAACGUAGAGGCUUACUUCAAGCUGCUCAGUUAGCUAAUAUUAAUGUGUUGGCUCUUAUUAAUGAACAUUCUGGUGCUGCUCUCCAAUAUGGAAUUGAUAAAGAUUUUUCUAAUCAAUCAAGACAUGUUGUGUUUUAUGAUAUGGGUUCAAGUACUACUUAUGCUACUCUUGUUUACUUUUCGGCAUAUAACACCAAGGAGUUUGGGAAAACAGUCUCAGUUAACCAAUUUCAGGUAAAGGAUGUUAGUUGGAACACAGAUCUUGGGGGGAGAAAUAUGGAAAUGCGAUUAGUCGAGUACUUUGCUGAUGAGUUCAAUAAUCAAGUUGGAGGUGGGUUUGAUGUACGGAAAUUCCCCAAGGCAAUGGCUAAACUGAAAAAACAGGUUAAACGCACAAAGGAAAUCUUAAGUGCAAAUACAAUGGCUCCAAUAUCAGUUGAAUCACUUCAUGACGAUCGCGAUUUCAGGAGUUCAAUAACUCGUGAGAAAUUUGAAGAACUCUGUGGAGACCUCUGGGAACAAUCUCUGACUCCUCUGAAAGAAGUGAUCAAAAAUUCUGGUCUAAAGAUUGAUGAUGUAUACGCAGUAGAACUCAUAGGUGGUAACACUCGGGUGCCAAAAUUACAGGCUAAGCUUCAGGAAUAUCUUGGAAGAAAUGAUCUGGACAAACAUCUGGACGCUGAUGAAGCUAUAGUACUUGGUGCAGCGCUUCAUGCCGCAAACUUAAGUGAUGGCAUUAAAUUGAACCGCAAGCUUGGAAUGAUUGAUGGUUCUUCAUAUGGUUUUACAAUGGAGUUGCAUGGUAUUGAAAAUGACAGUACUAAAGAGUUACUUGUACAACGUAUGAAGAAACUUCCUAUCAAGCUUUUUAGGUCCAUUAAGCAUAACAAGGAUUUUGAGGUUUCACUCAGUUAUGAGAGUGGAGGCGCCUUACCACCAGGGGUUUCUUCUGAUAAGUUCGCGCACUACACCGUAUCUGGUUUGGCAGAUGCCAGUGAGAAGUAUUCAUCUCGCAAUCUUUCUGCUCCAAUCAAGGCAAAUCUUCAUUUCUCUCUCAGUCGAAGUGGAAUACUUUCUCUAGAUCGAGCAGAUGCUACUGUCGAGAUUUCAGAAUGGGUAGAUGUUCCCAAAAAGAACUUGACUGUCGAGAAUUCAACCACUGUGAUUCCAAACACAUCAACUAAUGCCGGCUCUACGAGCUCAGCAGAAGACAGCAAAACCGUUGGCGAUUUAGAUAGCGGUAGUAAUGAAACAUCCAGCUCCAAUGGUGAAGAAAAAAUAGAAACAGAAAAGAAGCUGAAGAAGAGAACAUUUAGGGUACUGCUAAAGAUUAUUGAGAAGCCUCUGGGCCCUGGAAUGCUGCUGUCGGAUGAAUCACUAUCUCAAGCUAAAUCUAGGUUGGACGCUCUGGAUAAGAAGGAUGCUGAGCGUAGAAGAACUGCAGAGUUGAAGAAUAACUUGGAAAGCUUUGUUUAUACUGCUAGAGAAAAGCUCGAUUCAGCCGAAGAUAUUGAGAAAAUAUCAACCAAGGAGGAACGCCAAUCUUUGAUCGAAAAGCUUGAAGAGGUGCAGGAAUGGUUGUAUACUGAUGGGGAAGAUGCUUCUGCAGCAGAGUUCACAGAACGUCUUGGUUUAUUAAAAGCUAAAUACGACCCCAUAUUUUUCAGAUUGAGUGAGCUUACUGAACGGCCAACUGCAUCUGAGCAUGCUCGAAUAUACCUUACCGAACUUCAACAGAUUGUAAGUGAUUGGGAGAAAAACAAAUCUUGGCUUCCAAAAGAGAAAAUCGAUGAGGUUCGAAGUGAGGCUGAGAAGUUCAAGAAAUGGUUGGCAGAUAAGGAGACUGAACAGAAAAAAACUUCUCUGUUUAACACACCAGCAUUUUCAUCCGAAGAUGUGUACGACAAAUUGUUUAAUCUCAGGGAUAAGGUUGCAACAUUGAACAAGAUCCCUAAACCAAAGCCAAAGGUUGAGAAACCACCGAAGAAUGAAACUGAUAGCAAGAAUGAGAAGCCAAAAUCUGAGAACUCGUCUUCUGAGAAGUCCUCCAAAGAUGAAUCAACUGCAUCAUCAAAUGGCGAAGAUCCAGAAAGUGGUCGUGACGAGUUGUAAAUUAGAACCGAUGAGGUAACCUUCCAGAAGUAGUGAGUUGUGUCCUUCUAUACGGAUGUUUGGUUGACAAUAUGUUUGAAAGAGGUGGUGGUGACGGCUUCUGGAGCUUGCCAGUUUUUGUAAGGUGUUAGGCAGAGCAGUCUUAUAGACUAGGCCAGCCAGGCAUUAUCUAGAGCCUCAAAUGGUUCGAGCCUAAAAAGUUUUAAUUUUUCUCACUAUACCGAACUGAUGUUACAGUUCAAGUUCUAGGCUUGGGCCACUAUACAUGUCUAAAUUAAAUUGAUAUGAUUGAAAACUGAAUUUAGAUGUAAGAAACCAGAAUUUAUCUAGGUUUAGAUCUUGGCUUUCUUUUCUUUCUCAUUCUCCUUGCACGAACAAAGAGAGUGCAAUUUAUUUAGGCUUAGAUCUCGUCUACUCUCUUUUACAGUAUCAAUAUCGUACUCUCUAUUUUUGAAAUUAUUAAAGGGUAUCUAGACUUUGUCUA